CUUUCAUUGAAAUGUAGAUGUGUCCUCAUUAUACUUCAAGGCCAAUGCAUCCAUGCUGGAGGAUGUUGGGAUUGUUGUCAGCCCUGGUUACCACUUCGGGGCUGAUACACCGAGAAAGUCACGAGCAGACGCGGACCCUCAGUCUUGCAGUCGGCAAUUCAUCUGGAACUGGUCGGUGGAAUUUCUGUGCGAACCAAUGGGAGGAGUGCAGGUGCAACGGCAAGAUUAGGUGGGGCCAUGGUCAGACCUGGAAGGUAAUUGAUCCGCCAUCCCACAUGACCGCCUUCACAGUCAAGUGCAGCAUUGAGCACUUGCAGGAUGUGCUGCCAGGUGACACCCGAAAACAUUGCCAGUGCCAAGGGCAAGUGCUCAGCAAGAACUUUGACAGUAGCACAUUGACGAGCUUCGCUGAAGAUGCUGCAAUGACCAAGCUUGCAGGAAAGGACUCGGAGUGGAUCUUUUGCUCCAAUCAAUGGCAGGAAUGCCAAUGCAACAAUCACGUGCGGUGGGGAACGGCGAAGAGAUGGAAAUUGAUCAGCCCCAAGAAGGUCGGUGCAUUGUUCUCAGUGAAGUGUGACGUCAAUUCUUUGGGAGAUCCUGUGCCGGGAGAAGAUGGAAAGCACUGCCAAUGCUUGGUGUCACAUGGUAGCUUAUUUGAGAGGCAAUUGAACCCGAUGCUGCUCGAUGAGCGGACUGCCGAUGGCUUCGGGGCAAAACUUGUUGCCUCCUGCGAUCUUUUCGAGGCUGGCAAAAGUGCCGGUCCGGAGGGCCAAGCACAAUGGCAAGCAGCUGAACCCUUUUGCUCCAAGGCUUGGGAGGACAAAGCUGAAAAAGACGCUUCACUUCACGCAGGUCCUCACAGGCUUUCUUUAGGCUCACUCCAGAAGCUCAUGGAAGCUCGCAUUGAUGCUCGCUUUGAGGAAAACUAUCAACACCUUGUCGAUAAGGAUGGAUGGCUUGACAAAGCCUUCGUGAACUACUUUGCAGGAGCACCUGGAAGCAAGCAUGCAAACAUGACCGAGCAGCUUAUCCGCUCCGUCCACAUGUUCUCGAAGAACCCGAUCGUUGUGCUUCACUUGGGAAGCCGGGCUCCUGAUUCAUGGACGGCAAAGCGAUUUCCUCGCUUGCUCUUGUUGCAUGCUGCACCAAUGGGCCCGGAUGCGCAUCGAAGCUUCAACUUCAACAAAUUGCGCUCUUUCUUGAUUUCUCGGGCGCGUGUUGGAGUGGAAUUGGACUCCGACCAGUUUGUUGGGCCUGGAGUGGACUAUAUGUUUGAGAUGACGCAGAAGGAGAUUACGGAAAACUACUCGAUGCCUAUCAUGCCGGUGCACUUCUACAGCUUCACUCAGGCUGACACUCCCCACAAUGUGUGGUGGCAACGUUUCUGUCCGGAUCCCCCGGCAUGCAAACCCCAUUCGAUGCGGUGGAGCCAUGCUCACCCCACUUGGACUUUUUGGUCUCUACCUUUCGUCGGUCGCUGGCUUCGACGUCACUUCAGGGAUGAGCUUCUACUUGCAACAACUGGCAAUGGAGGAUUGCAUCUUGGGGAGCUUCCGGUUUCGGAAAUUCCGGAAGACGAAGAUUUGCUGAACGUCGCGACCUGGGAGGAGAAGGGGACUAAACAAUGGUGCAAAUUUGACAACGACUACCACGAGUUUGUGGACAUGCUGCGCUGGAAUCCACAGGAUGGGCACCAUACUACAACCGGUGACAUCGCAAGCGACCCCAAGUUCUAUCCGGAUGGUGCUGCGAAGGCUUUCUUCACGGCUCACAACUGCAAAGACCCUUCCGCGACUGCCAAGAUGCUGGAUGAAAUCAAGAGCCGCUGGGAGGAGGGCCUGUACCCACCUUCCACGAUCACGUUCAAAGGUCGGUUCUGGGCUUCUGGAAGCGAACUUCGCAAGGAACAUCCCGAGUUACCUUGCAUCUUUUGAGUGAAGCAAUGCCAAUCUACUGGCAGAAAA